UGUUUCAUGUACACAGACACAAACACACACCUGUGGCUGCUCCUUUGAUGACAGACACCAAACUCAGUUUCUCCACAGAACCUCCAGGAUGCACCUGUUCUUCGUUCUUCCCCUGGUGCUGGAGGUCCAGUCUAUCUCCAUGAGCCAUAACUUUACCUGUGACUGUAUCUGCCAUGAGGGAUUCAAAAGUGCUUACUGUGCCAACAGUAAUAUCACCCAACUGCCCAUCGCUCUUCCACCGUUCACCGAAACACUUUACCUGUCCCACAACCACCUGAACACCAUCCCACCACGAGCCUUCAACACCACACGAAAACUGCAUGUCCUAUACCUGAACGACAACAAUAUUAGCAUGUUAGCAGACGGGGCGUUCUUGCUACUGGAAGGUCUUAGGAGGUUGGACUUGAGUCGAAAUCAUAUAUUAUCCUUGAGUGAAGGGUUUUCAAAGGGUCUCGGUUCCCUUCAUUGUCUUUCAUUGGCUGAGAACAGAUUAACCAGCGUAGACAGCAGUUAUUUCUUCCACAUGGACUCAUUACGAAGACUCAAUCUCAGCCAUAACUCCAUCCACACCAUCCAAAUGAGGGCGUUUGGGUCUGUAAGUACGCUACGCCACCUACAACUUGACUGGAACAAAAUAACAGUCCUCAAUAAUGGUAUCUUCUCCAUGCUACGAAGUCUUGAAGACUUAAAUUUGCAUCACAACCAGAUACAUAGCUUGGACGUUGGGGUACUUUCACCACUGACCAGCCUUGGUAAACUAGACCUCACCAACAACAACCUCUCCACGAUUCAAUUCAAGACCUUCUUGAGUCUCAAUACGUACAGCACUCACAUAAUGCUGCGAGGAAACCCCUGGCGGUGUGACUGCGAUCUUCAACGAGUUUUCCAGAAGCUCUGUAACGUCAAACGGCUGUUUCUGGAUGACUACGACAGCCUCACUUGCUACUCAUUUAACGACGAAUUUAACGGAAAUCACACUGUUUUUAAAGCGGUUGAGCUCUGUGUUGCAGAGAUGGUUACUGUCCUGGUCAUUACAAUCACUGUGGUCAUCACGGUUGUGGCGGCAAUUGUCAUGGCGGAGAAAAAAAGGAAAAAGAAGAACAAGGAAAAGCAUUGGACUGAAGUCGGCGAGGUGUCUUGUGGAUCACAAGACUAAAUGAAUGACAAAAUAUACAUUAAUCAAUAACUCAAACUCUCAUUACUUAAUAAGAUGAUGAAAUCUCACAUGAACUAUAACUGAAUGAGCUCUAUGCACAGUGUUUUUCAGCCAAUGUUAACCUCCGGUGAGAGCUUUAUGUGACUACUUUUAAUUUCAUAAGGUUCUACAGGUUUUACAGCAUUGAUGUUGUAAUGUAAUUCAAAUAUAAUCAGCUAAAUAGACUUAAGCAUCCGUUUGGUUGUUAAAGUGUAAAAGGAGACGA